AUGGAGCAAGGUUGCAGUGCAUUUUGGGAUCAUCUGAACUGUUGGCCUCAUGCUGAGGUGGGAGAAACCGUGUCACAGCCAUGCCCAAAGAUCCUUAGGGUCAAAGGAGUUGUGAUGAGAAACUGCUCUGAGAAUGGCUGGACAGAAACAUUUCCCCCUUACGAGCUGGCCUGCGGCCAUGCACUCAACGACAGCUUAUAUUUUCCCACUGAUGCGGCACUUGUCUCACACGAAUAUUUCUUUUAUGUGAGGAUUAUGUAUUCCGUUGGAUACACCAUCUCUCUUGUCUCACUCAGUAUUGCUCUCACGGUGCUGUGUGUUUUCAGGAAGCUCCACUGCACUCGUAAUUUUAUCCACAUGCAGCUUUUUUUGUCCUUCAUUCUAAGAGCCAUCUUCAUCUUCAUUAGAGAUGCUGCACUGCAUUACUCACAGGAGUACUACCACUGCAACUCUCAUCCGCCUGGCUGCAAAGUGGCAUUGUUCCUGUCUAAUUACUGCAUCCUGGCAAAUUACAGCUGGCUGCUGGUGGAGGGUCAUUAUCUCCAUAGCCUCAUUAACCUCUCACUGCAUUCACAGAAGAAACGCCUGCACUGGUACAUCCUGCUCGGCUGGGGAGUCCCAAUGCUCAUUAUCAUUAGCUGGAGUUUGGCCAAAUACCUGCACCAGAAUGAAGGAUGUUGGGAGACAAGAGAUCAUGGCUGGAUAUGGUGGAUACUCCGAGUUCCAGUCAUUAUUUUUAUCACUGUAAACAUGCUGUUUUUUCUGAGUAUUAUUCGGACAUUAGUUGGAAAAUUGAAAGCUCCAGACAUGCGUGGAAAUGUGAUUAAUCAUCACAGGAAGCUGGCGAAAUCUACAUUUCUGCUGGUGUCUCUGUUUGGGCUGCAGUAUGUCCUCUUCGCAUUUUUCCCUGAUAGAGUGAGCGUCCUAACCUUCAAAAUAUGGAAUGUCACAGAGCUUGCAUUAGCAUCCACACAGGGCUUUAUUGUGGCACUGCUGUACUGUUUUUUGAAUGGAGAGGUACAGUAUGAAGUUCAAAGACGAUGGAGACGGUGGCGCCUGAAGCAACGUUUACAUGGUGAUCCCAGAGUGCAUCAUGGCUCCCUAAGUAACAGUGGCCUGCCGCUGACACAGGUCACACUGCUGACACGUCCAAGCACCUAAAUAACCUAAUCACAAACCGCUCACAACCUAAUGUCUAUUUCACACAUUCUGCAUCUGUGGGGCAUGCACAGUGCAGUUGCAUGACUUCAGCAGCACAGCAGGUGCACAUAGAGCUUGCACAUAGAGCUUUCAUAUGACAGCGUUUGUGUUUUAUAAAAAAUAAAGUGAUUUCAUUGUUACUACAUUGACCUUUCUUUUGAUAACGGCUGUAAAUGAUACAUUGGUUAUCAGGAGUGGGCCUUGAGAACUAUUUGAUCAUUUUAAAAACAAAUUUGCAUGAGGAUGGGGAUUAUAUUUACUCAGUGGCAAAUUCUUAGGGCCAGCAAAGCCUUCUCUGCUGGCCUAAAAUGCUUAAUAAUAAAAUGCAUUUCUCAUUCUCAUUUCUCACCUUUUCGCCUAUGUAUUUUCAAUCGCUUUCCACUCCUAAUUCAUCAAUUGUACAAACGAAAAGGGAAAAACAAAAAGUUUAUCUAAUCAGAAUUUAUUUCUUGAUGCUUACAAGAAAAGCGCAAUGGAUGUUUCACAAAUCGCAUGCCUGAAGCCGAGCUUGUUAGCCGAAGCAACAUGUGAGUCUGAGCUCCACGCCGUUAGGCCUUCUGAAUUUCUACAGAAUCCCUCAACAGUACAAAUGAAUAGGCAUCUAAUGUCAGAUGGUUAGAUUCAUCAGCCAAUCAAAUUGAUUUAUUUGUUCUUGGUGGAUGUGGUCUUUAGGAUAUGUCCCAGUCGAGGACUUCUAGCUGGCCUUGAGUGAAGCAAUCACGCAUUUAAGGAAUGUACGUAUUCAAAAGCGAAAAGUGCGAGAUCAGGCUGACAGUGUCGGCUGACAUCACUGACGCUAAGAACCCGAGAUGUUCUGCAUGACCUUGUGAUUAUUUAAUUUAUUAUACAGGAAAGGAGGGCUUAUUUUCACUUCAAGUAAAUUGGCAAGUGCUUUUUGCAUUGUUAUAGCAACAUCAGGAGUUUUCUAAGUGUAAAUUAGGUUGCUUGAGCAUUCAGUGUCGGUUCAGGUUUUGAAAAGUAAUCGUGUACCCUGAUGAAACAAAAUGUAUUGCAAGCAAAAUUUAAAUCGCAAAUAUUAUUAGAUAGCUUUUUCCAGGUAUUAUAGACCUCCUUGGUAGAUUCAUAUGAAAAAAUAAGAUUUUUGAAUGUCAGUUCCGGAGACGUUCAUUUCACACAACAGUCGUGCCGCAGUUCAAAUUAGGCUUGCUUGAGCAUUCAGUAUUGUUUCAAGUUUUGACUUUCGUGCGUGGAAGUGUUUUAAAAAUGUCAAUUGGUUUUAUUAGUUGGCUGCAACAUAAUGUAUGAGGUACAUAGUCAUAGUGUGUCUUAUUCAUUGUGAAAUGGUGUUUUCUUAAUGGCAUGAAUCGCACUGAAGGCCUAGACUUAAAAUGCACGGGCCACCACUGUAUUUACUGGUAUUAAUUAAUUUAAUUUACACUGAACAAAACCCAGAUUGCAGAAUAGAAACUGCUUAGUAGUUCCCAACCCUGUUCCUGGA